UCCCUUGGUUUCCCUGCGUGGCCUACUAUCUCGGCCUUAUCUUCUCGCCUCCCCCCACUCCCAGGGUUCAGCUACGAGCAGCAGGAGCUAUCGCUGGUGUGCUGCCAGCACAGCUGGUCCAUGGACGUGCCCGUCAGGCUGACGCUGCGGCGCUGGUCCUCCUUCUGCGUCACCCUGGACCUGCCGUCCCGGCGGGCGCAGGUGGUGCAGGACGGCCUCAUCCAGGGCGCGCAGGACGGCAGCGGGUCGGCGGCGGGCGGCAAGGCCCUGCGCGUGGUGGGCGGCGGCCAGCUGUUCGUGGGCCAGGAGCAGGAUUCGCCCGGCGGCGGCUUCAACGAGUUCCAGAGCCUGCGAGGCACCGUGGCGGCGCUGCAGCUGUACGGCGCCGCGCUGCCACUGGACCAGACGCACGCCUUCACGGUCUGCCGGGAGCUCAACACCCUGGAGCAGCCGCUGCUGGACUUCGCCAACGUGACGGAAGACUUCGAGGUGCGCGGCGCCACGGUGGCCGCGGCGCCGCCGCCGUGCGGGCACUCGGCGGCGGCGUUCCACAAGGUGUUCCCGGAGCAGCGGCUGUUUCGCGAGGCGGAGCAGCUGUGCCGAGUGCUGGGCGGCGCCAUGUCGGUGCCGCGCAGCGCGGAGGAAAACGCAGCCAUCCUGGAGCUGGUGGCGGCGGGGGCGGCGAGCUGCGGGGACGGCACGGGCGACACGCUGUGGCUGGGCGUGCGCGGCAACCAGACGCGGCAGGAGUGGCUUGACGCCGCCGCGGCCACGCCCGUCAACUACUCCAACUUCGACCAGAGGCGCGGCCUGACCAUCGAGGCGCCUGAGGUGUGCGUGGCUUUCAAGGGCAGCCGCGCCGUGGUGGGCGCGGCGCGCGGCUCCUGGGUGCCGCGUCGCUGCGACCUGGAGCGCUGCGCCGCCUGCCACUUCCGCAGGCUGCCCAUCGUGCGCGUGCGCGGCCUCUGCGCCAAGAGCGAGUUCGACAAGGAGUACUUCCUGCUGCCGGAGGACGGCGGCGGCGGCGUGGCGCUGAGCGGCGUGUUCUACUCGCUGCUCAGCAAGCUCCCACCGGCCGGCAACGACUCCCGCGCCGGGGACUUUGGGUCGUGGCGCCUCAGCCGCUACGACAAGCCGGCGGUGGCCGCCACGCUGGCCAUGACCUCGCCCACGCACUACCCCACGGGCCUCAACACCUGGACCUUCACCAGCGACGUGUGCAGCCGCGGCGAGGCGCGCCUGCGCGUCACCUCGUGCGUGCGCGGCGAGUUCUCUUGCGACGAUGGGUCCUGCGUGCCCCUGGAGCGGCGCUGCGACAUGGAGGUCAACUGCCCCGACGGCACGGACGAGGUGGGCUGCCGCGUGCUGGACCUGCCGCCCGGCUACAACAGGAUGGCGCCGCCGCCGCGCCCGCGCCCGGACAGCCCCGUGCCCGUGGCGCUGCACGUCACCAUGCUGUCCGUGCGUUCCUUCGACGUGACGGGCUUCAAGUUCGUGUGCGAGCUUGAGGUGCGCGUGUCCUGGCACGACGCGCGCCUCACGCUGCGGCACCUGCACCGCAGCGACGCGCUCAACGCCGUGCACCUCCGGGACGGGCACGAGCCGUGGAUGCCGCAGGUGGAGUUCUUCGGCGACGCCUUCACCUCCAGCGACGUGGUGACGCGGCGCUCGCUGCUGCAGGCCCGCCGCGCCGCGCCGCCGCUGCCCGACGACGAGGAGAACCUGUGGGAGGACGAGCUCUUCGCGGGCAAGGCCAACCCCCUGGUGCUGCUCAAGAAGCUGACCGUCACCACGUCCUGCCAGUUCGACCUCAUCACCUUCCCCUUCGACACCCAGACCUGCAGGAUGGGCGUGGUGCUGCUGGGCUUGACGAAGAGGUACAUAUCCCUGGUUCCGGAAGGGAGUGGAGUGACUUAUCUUGGCGAACGGAAGCUGCUUGAGUAUUACCUUCAGAGCGAGGUCAUGCUGCCCUACGACGAGGGCAGGUACAGUGGGCAGGCGGUGGAGCUGACCUUCCGCAACCUGUCCACCUUCUACAUCACCUCCACCUACGUGCCCACCUUCAUCAUCGUGGUCAUCGGCUACCUCGUCUUCUUCUUCCCUCUCGACGACUUCAACGAAAGGAUCAUGGUGGCAUUGACGGCCCUUCUCGUAGAGGCUGCCUUCUUCACACAGAUGAGUGCCAGCAUACCCCAGACAGCCUAUCUCAAGCUCGUGGAUGUCUGGUUCGUAUACUGCAUAAUCAGCCUGUUCCUGGUGGUUGUGACAGUCGCCUUCAUUAACUGGUGCAGGAGGUGUGCCCCGGCCUUCCUCCUACGCGUCAAGACAUCCUCAGCCAGCAGGAGGGCCGUCAAGGAGGCCAAGGAGGCGCGGCGAACGGCACUUGCGGCGAAACUUAACCUGCUCUGUCGUCUCAUCUGCCCAAUACUGACGACCUUGUUCCUUGUCUUCUACUUGACCAUGGCGGCCCUGAUCGAAAUCCCGAAGCUGGAUAUUAACUUGACGCAGUGAUCGGGUGUUAUUCUGUACUUCCCCUUAGUUCAAUCACCAUUUCUCCUCUUUAUCUAAUCCCCAUGUAAUUAUCGAUACCGUGAACUUUUUAAAUAGUAAUGAUAAUCUUAUAAGGAACUGAUUUGCACUUCACUUAAUAUACAAAUUAGUAAUGAUAGACUUGAUAGUAGUAGUAGUAGUAGUAGUAGUAGUAGUAGUAGUAGUAGUAGUAGUAGUAGUAGUAGUAGUAGUAGUAGUAGUAGUUAUAUAUGAAUACACUUGAUUAUAUGUGAAUUUUCUCUCAUUAUAAUUAUAGACUAAGUGUGUGUGUGUGUGUGUGUAUGUGUGUGUGUGUGUGUCAAUAAAUAAAUCAAUAAACAUGUUCUUAAAUUAAAAUAUGUUUGCUUACUUUUCC